ACCAACAACUAAGGACUCUUCAGUUAACGUUCAACUCUCCAAUCGUAUUAUUCUUUAUAUAAUAAAUUUAAACACGAUAAUCAAGAUCGAUUACUAGCUAAUAAAAGCUAAAAAUAAUAAUUGAUAAAUAAAAUUAAGGAAACCUUGAACAAGUGGUUUAAAUAUAUUUUUAAAAAGUGCCAAAGUGAAGAAAUAAUUAAUAUUUAUAAUCUUGUGAUUAUUGAUUGAAUAAUUGUGAAAAUAAAAAAAUUAAUAUAUUAUAAAUUAUCACCACAAUGAAGAAGGAAUUAAGAAGCAUUUUGAUGAUGACAAUUAUGGUGUCAAUAUUGUCAAUAAUUUAUGUUGAUGGAUCAGCAAUUCCAAUGUGGGAAUUUUUAUCAAGAGAUGAAAAAAUAAGUCAUCUCUAUCGGAUAUUCAGUAAACAGGUCACAACAUUUUGUCAUGAUUCAUCAAAACCAGAUUGUAAUAAAAAUCUCAUUAUUUCUGGUCUACAACAACUAGCAAAUAUUGAUGAAAAUAUGUUGGAUCAAUUGGAUCCUUAUCAACGUGAUGCCAAUGAAAUGAUCUGGCGUGCUCUUGUUGGAAAUGAUAAAUUUGCAAAUCGAGUCAGUCAUGAUUCUGAUUCCUACUACACAACUGAUGCUGAUCCACUGGCAACAAGUGGAAGUGAUUACAAUGGACUUGGUGAAGAAUCAGCACCAGGCAAUGACUACAUUAGACCUUCAAGUAAUGAUGGUCCAUAUUUAGUUGGACCAAUGGUAAUACGAGUUUAUCCUGAUGGUCGUCCUGUUCCAGAAGAUCAUCAACAUUCAUUACCAAAAGACGAAGAUCUUGAUGAUUUAAAAUUUCCUCGCAUACCGUCAAUCAAGGAAAUUCAAUCAUCCAAGGACAGAAUAACAUCGACAUUUUUAUUUAAAAAAAAUUAUGAUUUACCAAAGAAAAAUGUUUUAAAAAAAAAUAAUGAUCAGUGGCUAUUUACCACGAGACCACAAAUAAUUAAUUAUCAACAAACAAAUGGAUAUAUUCGUGAUAGAAGGUUUAUCAUACCUUUUCAUUAUUUCAAGUAAGAAAAAGCUCUCUCAAUAAUUUUGUAAGAUAGUUUGUUUUUUUUUAAUUUUUUUUUGAGAUAAAGAAUCGUAAAAAUUUGACGAUUGGUCGAUGAUGAUGAUGGUGAAAAAUAUUUUAAUAAUUGUCGA